AUGGCGGCAGAUUUGUUAUCUUCACUAACGGGCGAUUUUGGAAAAUGGCAGGCGCGCUCAAUUUUUCUUAUCUAUUUAUGCAAAAUUCCAUCCUCAUGGUUCAUGGCGUGUUUGAUAUUUACCGCUCCUGUUCCCAAACAUGGUGAUUUUUUUUGCAAGCCCCCAGUACCUUCACAAGUAUUGAAUACAACUGAAUGGAUUAAAAUAUCACAUCCCGUUAAAGAAGAUGUCAACGAUGAAGAGUUUUCUAUUGACUAUUGUAACGUUUAUGAGGAUGCUUUGGAACAUAGUUUUCAGCCAUGGAUACAACCGACUAAUAACAGCAAAAUUGUACCGUGCGAAACGUUUGAACAUCAUUCGGAAUAUAACUCCAUAAUCACCGAGUUUGAUUUAGUUUGCUCAAGAGAUAUAUUAGUUGCAUCUACACAAUCUUCUCAUCUGUUUGGUGUACUACUUGGUGGAAUAAUCACUACUAAACUAAUGGAGACAAUUAGUCCUCGUAACACAAUGUUGUUGGGUAUGUACACUCAGAUAUUAUGCGGAUGCAUUACCGGUUUAGUGGACGUCUUUGAGCUACACAUGAUUUUUAGAUGCCUAAGUGCAAUUUGCUGUGGAUUAAUGUAUACUGCCGGUGGUGUUAUCAUGGCAGAUAUAACAGGUGGAAAAUACAAAACGUCAGCCAUAGCCUUAUUUGAACAGUUUUGGUCUGUAGGCGUCAUACUUCUUCCGGCUGUAGCAAGUUUUUGGUCUAGCUGGUCUCAUCUCUAUUUGGCUAUUUCAUUGCCGACCUUUUUACUGAUUAUUUUGCACAGGUGGAUUCCGGAUUCUCCAAAAUGGUUACUUCAACAAGGACGAAUAAAAGAAGCUAAAUUUUUUUUGGAGGAAGCAGCCACCACAAAUGGAAAUGGAAAAUAUAUUCCAAGCGAUUUAUCUUCGCAACUUCAUGAAAUCUCGAAUAAAAUGAAAUCUCAGCCUGACCCCGAUCCGUGGUGGACAAUAUGGCAGGAAAAGGGUGCGAGGAAAAAUUUAAUAUGUGCACACCUGGCAUGGUCCAUUUUUAUUCCUGUAUACUAUGGAAUGCUGUUGAAUAUUAGAGCAUUUGGAACAGAACAUCUACGAGUCAAUACAGUGAUAGCAGGUGCAUCAGAAUUGACUGGUACAUUUAUUGGAUACUACCUCAUAAUGCGCACGAAAAACAAAUGGUUUGCCGCCGGUUUGUUCAACAUAAUUGGAGGUUUGGUGACAUAUUGUGGCUGGCUUAUACCACCAGAAGUUACAGGAAAUCGACGAACUGCUCUCCUCAUGCUAUCUGCGAUGGUUGCAAAAUGCAGUAUAUCAUGUUGUUUGACUCUACUGACAGUUUGCACUACUGAACUAGUUAGUGAAAAAAAGAAAAAAGGUGCAGCAUACUCAUCAAUAGUAUGGGCUAGAAUAUGGCUUUUGGGGGCUCCUUUCGUUGGUGCAACAGUAAUAUUUGGACAAUUAGUUCCGCAGACGGCUUUUGGGUCAUUAACACUUAUUGGUGGUAUCAUAGCAGGAAGUAUAAAUAGCCCGCGAACACACAUAAGUACUAAGAGAAUAGCAGCUCUACCCGAGACAAUCACCAAACCAAAUGAGUGGCAAACGAAACCUGUGCAGAAUUCUGUGUUGAAAUAUUAA